AUGUUUCAACAAAAUAAACAUCACCAACAACAACAACAGCAACAGCAACAACAAGGUGUAGUUCAAUCAGGUGUUGCAUCAGCAACAGUUAAUAAUCCAUCAGAAUCAAUAGUUGCAGGUAAUAUAUAUGAAUGUAGUUUACAUGGUAUUCUAUCAACUCCAUCAUCAACAUUUAUACAAAGAGCAAAGGGUAUGAUGAGAUGUGAACAUCCUGUAUCCUACAAAGAGAUGGUAUUCAAAUCAACUGUGCAAAGUGCAGGUCCAAGUUGGGCUGAGGGAUCAAUUUUACCAUCAGAGAUCCAUGUAAGAUAUGAAAAGAAUACUGUAUACGUUAGAUAUGUUGGUGUACCUCAAAUUAAAGAUAAUAUAAAUGCAAUGAUUAGAAAUGUAGUUGAUAUAAAAUCUUCUGAAACAUUUUUUAUAUAUUUAGAGAAUUUAGGUUAUGUAAAGGAUUAUGAAUAUUUUGUAGAUGGUUAUCAAUAUAGUACGUAUAAUUUAUCACUUUUUUUAGUUAAUCAUAGAAGAGUAUUAAAUGAUGGAACAAAGGGUGAACUAUUAAAUAAACACAGUAUGGUAGAGUUACAAUGUUUGUCAGGUGAAGAAGGGUUUGUGGCAGCAGCAGAAUAUUUAAAUACAUAUGCAGAAUAUUUAUAUCCAUUCGUAGAGUUAAUCAAAUUUGACCAUAGGUUAUUAACAGCCGAAAAUAGUAAUACUCCAACCACCAAUGUAAAUGUAGUUGGUGGAUAUAAUAGGUAG